AUGGGACCAGUCUCUCUUCUUCCAAAAUAUCAGAAAGUAAGCCCUUGGGAAGGAGAUUUGGCCACGAUGACCCAUUUACAAGCAGGGCUCAGUCCUGAGACUAUAGAGAAAGCACGCCUGGAACUGAAUGAAAACCCAGAUGUUUUACAUCAGGAUAUUCAGCAAGUUAGGGACAUGAUCAUCACCAGACCUGACAUUGGAUUUUUACGUACAGACGAUGCCUUCAUCCUGAGAUUUCUCCGAGCCAGGAAGUUUCACCAAGCAGAUGCCUUUAGACUCCUGGCCCAGUAUUUCCAAUAUCGCCAGCUAAACCUGGACAUGUUCAAAAACUUCAAGGCAGAUGAUCCUGGAAUUAAGAGGGCACUUAUUGAUGGGUUCCCAGGAGUGCUGGAAAAUCGUGACCACUAUGGCAGGAAAAUCCUUCUCCUGUUUGCAGCCAAUUGGGAUCAGAGUAGGAACUCCUUCACAGACAUCCUCCGCGCCAUCCUGCUGUCCCUGGAAGUCCUUAUUGAAGAUCCUGAGCUUCAGAUAAAUGGCUUCAUUUUAAUUAUAGACUGGAGUAAUUUUUCCUUCAAACAAGCCUCCAAGCUGACACCUUCGAUUCUGAAACUAGCCAUUGAAGGUUUGCAGGACAGUUUCCCUGCUCGCUUUGGAGGAGUCCAUUUUGUCAACCAGCCAUGGUACAUUCACGCGCUGUACACACUCAUCAAGCCUUUCCUUAAAGACAAGACCAGGAAGCGGAUUUUUCUUCAUGGAAAUAAUUUAAACAGCCUUCACCAACUAAUACACCCUGAAUUUUUGCCCUCUGAAUUUGGAGGAACCCUUCCUCCUUAUGACAUGGGCACCUGGGCUCGGACAUUGCUUGGUCCUGACUACAGUGAUGAGAAUGACUAUACUCACACGUCAUAUAAUGCAAUGCACGUGAAACAUACGUACUCCAAUCUGGAGAGGGAGUGUUCACCCAAGCCAAUGAAAAGAUCGCAGUCUGUGGUCGAAGCUGGGACCCUGAAACAUGAAGAGAAGGGAGAGAAUGAGAACACGCAGCCACUCCUGGCUCUGGACUGAGCCAUGAGCCACCCUGAUGCUCCUGCAUACGGGCCUUCAGUGGUAUCAACCACCGAGGAAGCAUAUGUGUGAUCGACACACAGACAUGUGCCAUCCACUUGA